GUAUAUGUUCUGAUCCUUCCCUGAUUUAAUGCCCCCAAGCCCCGCUACUCUCUGAGUCCAGUUCUACCCCUCUUUGCUAGUGUGCAAGUGUAAAACUCGCGGCGGAGCUCCCAACGCCGACAUAGAGAGAGAGAGUCGCACCACCGGAAACAUGUCCCCAACCAAGCAGCGUCUCCGGCCGCUUUUUCUGGAGAGGAAUGGAGAGAGGAAGCGAUCAACGGCGGGUCCUUGAAACAUGUGGACCUUCAUACUGGAUCGAACGGUUGGGCGUCGCCGCCGGGUGAAUUGUUCUCUCUCCGGGGCCCUAAUUACUUCGCCAAAAAGGCUAAAAUCCCCGCCGGCGAGUGGCUGUUGAAUCCGGCUGGGGUUGAUUGGCUCAGAUCCAACGCCAAACUAGAUCAUGUCCUUGCCCGACCCGACAACCGUGUUAUGAACGCGUUACGCAGCUCACAGAAUUGCGAAAAAUCAUCGAAAACUUUUAUCGUCGCGGUAAAUCUUCAAGUCCCUGGACGGGACCAUUACUCUGCGGUAUUCUACUUCUCCAGUAAAAUAGACGAGCCGAUUAAUUCGAAUUCUCUGCUCCAUCAGUUCAUCAACGGUUCCGAUGCUUUUCGGAGCAGCCGGUUCAAGAUUGUGAAUAAAAUCGUUAAAGGACCGUGGAUUGUGAAAACUGCGGUGGGGAAUUAUUCCGCGUGUUUAUUGGGGAAAGCUUUGAAUUGCUACUAUCAUCGUGGACCAAAUUAUUUAGAAAUUGAUGUUGAUAUUGGUAGCUCGGCUAUUGCUACCGCAAUUUUGCGGCUGGGCUUGGGGUGUGUGACAGCGGUGACAGUCGACAUGGGGUUUCUGGUGGAGGGGCAAAAAGAGGAAGAGUUGCCGGAGCGAUUGUUUGGUGCAGUGAGGAUUUGUCAAAUGGAGAUGAGUUCGGCAACGUAUGUCGAUGGCGUCACUCCAACGAGUAAGGUUUUACCUAUGAGUAGUGGUGGUGAAAGCGAGAACGAGGAUGAUUAAUUAUUCAGAGAUCUUCGUUUAUUAGCUGCGGUAAGUUUUUGGAGAUUCCAUCAUGGUGAUGAUGGCGAAAAAUGAUGAAUCCCUUCUGGGAAGUGAUUGGUGUAGAUAAUAACUGUUGAUGGCACUGGCAAUGUUGAAUUUAUUCAAGUUUCUAUUUGUUCA